AUGGAAAAGUUGACAACCGCCAUUCCGAAAGCCUUCCUACUUCCCCUCGGCGACCAUGGGGGGCGACACAAUCCUCGAGCCGGGGCGAUGAUGAUGUCUGCGGCUGCGAAACGUGCCGGGCUGGCACGCCAACAUGGGGGUGCUGUUGGAGAUGGAUAUUGGGAUGCUCGGGAGGCCUCGACAACUCGAAGUGAUGGAUGGAAGACGAGGCGGCGGAGCGAGGCUCCGGUGGGGAUAAUGCCGUUCGGGCUGCUUCUGAUAGCCAUUCUUUGGGUUGUGCCAGCUUCUGCGGUCCUGGUGGAGUUCCAGAACUGCUUGUCCCAGGGUACGCAGGUCAAUAUUCCUCUCGAGCUACAGUUCGUGCCUUUGUUCGUCGAUGCCAAAUUCAACAAUACGGAUCCAAAUCACCAGCUUCAAGUCACGGUAUGGGGUAACAUUACAGGAUCGACCGUGGGCACGUCUCCUAGGCUUAUUCUACCCGCGAAUACUUCGGAUUAUUGGACUGGUAACUCGACUGUGUACGGGGGGAAGAUUGUCGACAUCCCGUUUCCCGAGGCGGACAGCCCGAAGCUCACGACGCUCUCUAACAAGGUCAAUGUGUUGACCUAUCAGCCAUGGAGCCAGGAUUUGGAUUUCUGCAACUCGCUCAUCAAUGGAUCAUGCCCUCUGGGACCGAGAUUCAACGGCGAUGCGAGCGACCCGUAUAGUUUCCCUGCCUUCCAGUUGACGAACAACUUCUUUUCGACAUAUUCCUUUACUUCUUUUGCUGCAACCCUCCUCAUUAAGUAUGGAGAUGCGGCGGCAACACCAAUUGGUUGCGCUUCCACGAUCAUCACACCAGACAUUGGCGGCACCUUGAGCAGCGUCAUCACCUUCAUUCCUGCCGUGAUCCUGAUACUGGUAGCAGUUGCUACAGCCUUUGCAGCGAUCUAUAGUCCAUGGGGUACGACCGACACGUUUCGCUGGACGACCAAUUAUGGUCGUGAUGCGGACUUGCUACGCCUGGUUACUCCUGGAUUCGGAGACUGCUUGCAAUACAUUCAAUUUGUAGUCUUGACCGCGGGCCUCACCCUGGACUACCCCGGCUUCUACCAACCGAUUCUCAGCAAAGCCUCUUGGUCUAUACUCAUGUUCCAUAAAAGCUUUGUCCGUGGCAAGUCCAAGUAUGAUCCUUUGCAAGACGGGAUAUAUGUUACUCACGGGGAGUAUGGUCUCGACAAACUCCGACAGCUGGUGGGCCUAAAUGCAGUAGACGAUGUUUGGACUGGCAUGACCAUCUGGCUUCUAGUCAUCCUUGCAGCAGUACUUGUGUUGAUCCAAAUUGGCUUCUUCAUUCGAUGGACGUACCGGCAUCUCCGCGGUACAUACGAAGAGGAUCUGAGGGCAAAGAACUUGCCAUUCUCGAUGGGCAAUGUCAUCCGCAUUGUCUUCAACUACUUCCUGCUGCCGAUAGUCGCUCUGUCCAUGUUCCAGUUAGUGGUGGCCGAAAACUCCCUCGCGGUUACUGUCGGUCUUGCGGUAUUGAUGUUGAUCUUCAUUAUUGGAUUCGCCGUAUGGCUCCUAUAUGUCAUCGCCAGUACCAGGCCCAAGGCUUACCUUUUCGACGACUUGCCAACCGUUCUUCUUUACGGGUCCCUCUACAAUACAUAUUCCGACAACGCUGCGCCAUUCGCGCUCGUACCAAUUCUUUUAACCAUCUUUCGAGGUAUUUCAAUCGGUGCUGUACAGGCAUCCGGUAUAGCCCAGAUUAUCCUCCUCGCUAUUUGCGAAGUCAUCAAUAUACUCACGCUACACGCUUUUCGACCUUUUCAUUCCCCAACUCACAUGAACGCGUUUCACACGGUUUUCUCGGCAGUCAGGUUCUCCACUAUUCUUUUAAUGGUUUCAUUUGCCCCUUCGCUGGGAGUUACCGAAGGUCCCAAAGGGUGGAUUGGAUAUGCAAUUCUUUUGCUGCAUGCUUUGGUGCUUAUCCUAGGGUUUUUCCUCAACGCCAUGCAAACAAUCGUUGAAGUUGCAGCACGGAUGGCCGGUGCUGGCACAGAAGAGAGAGGUGGCUUGGUCAAGGUUUUCGGUAUGCGACAACUAUCCAGGAGGCUUCCACGACGUGAUGCCGCGUCAAGGCAAAGUCAGCUAUCCAAUGCUGCCAUGCUAAAUAUGGAUAAUGAAAGGAAGUCGUAUCUCGAACACGACGGCAGGAUGAGAAGUCAAUCAGCCGGCAGUACUAUGCUUCUCAACGGACCGAGUGCGGGUCUUCAAUAUGAUGGUUUCGAGGCAUUCGGAGCCAUGCCAGCGCAACGGGUUGGUGGAAGUGCGAGCGGGAGCAAUUCUCUCGGUAUGAGUACGCCGAGAGAGGUAGGUGCCUUCUCCCUGCCUACUGCUGCAGGUCAAAAUGGACGACUUCCUGUUCAAGGGGCAGCUACAGAAGAGGCUGUAGAUCCUUACUACCGGCCACCAAGACUCAGACGCCAAACUACAGAAACUCAGUCCCCCGGUUUGAAGAGCCGAGGUUCCUGGACUAGUGGGGACUGGGGACAGAACGCCCUUAGUUCUCCUGAAGCCGAGUCUCCUGUGCAGACUGAAGAAGGCCACUCGGCUUCCGGGAGAAAUACACCAACACAGCCAGGGCCUGCUGCUCUUGAUGGCAGCCCCAAUGACCCGAGAAGAUCCAAGGCCGAUUAUACAACUCGGGAGGUGGACUUCUAUUACGGAGUGCGUGGUCCAGCUCUCAAUGCAAACAUCCCAAGUCGGAGGAUCAAGACCGGCCCUGCAGAUCCGACCGGUAUACCGGCUUCCGCGGCAGGGUGGUUCAAGGGUCUGUUUGGGGGUAAAACUAAGGAAAAGGGCAAGGGAUUUGAAGUUGUCCGAAGCUCGAGGAUGCCUCCAGGUAUGCAGGCGAGAAAUGCACCCGGUGCAGAGUCUCCACCUGAAGGUAUUCCUGUGGCUACUGGCGGUGUUCGACAUGGUCCGAUUGAUUCAGAUGACGAUGAUCCCGUUCAAGCUGGGCCAUCAGCGGCGGGACCAGCGGCGGGGCCAGCGGUGGGGCCAUCACAAUCUCAGGCUCCGCAGGCAGAGAGCUCUUUGUUUGAGGCUCUGCGUUCUGACGAAGAGUCAGAGAGAGAGGAGGAAUCCGAUGACGGGUUCGAAAUAAUGAGGAUAUCGGAUCUACCACCAAACCUCUCAGGCUUCGAUAUACCAGGCGGUGGCAUUGAGCUUCCCUCCCGGUUCCCCUCAAAAGCUACCUCUAAAGCCAGUUCACAGAGAGUAAAAUUGUCAGAUGCACCUCUCGUGCCUGGCAUGCCAUCUCGACGCGUUUCGAAUAAGCCCACCGUGCCACGCAAAAGCUCACGAAGAAAAUCUCCCUACUUCGACGUGACGCAACCCGGUGCCCUAUUCCUUCGGUCUCAGCAGGACGACGGAGAAGGCAGCUCGCGCCGGACUUUCGAUCGCUCCAACUCUGAUGGGCGAGACUCUGAGUUCUCGACGAAGUCGAGUGGCGUGGGACCUGUAGAUUUUGGACAUGCCCGAAACGCCUCGUCUGCGCUGGAUAGAAUAUCAGCUGAGAUCCGGGAUGACAGACCUUCUAGUAUGGGAUGCGUGCACCAGCAUAGUAUCCAGACCGUCAACCCGUCCGAGAACCCGCAAUUCCUGAGCAGCUCGGCGGAAGUUAUUGACGGCCCGGUCAGUGGCGAUUCCUCAAUGGACCACCCGAGACAGUGA